AUGAGGUUGAGAGGAGGAAUGAUUGAUCCCACUUGGAUUCCUUAUCGCAUGCGUACCAUCACAUCAGCCAACCAAAGCUCCGCACGGAAACUACUCGGCAUCUCCAUCACCGCCGCUCUCUCUUCCGAUCUUUCCUCCGUAAAUAAAUUCAACACUACUAUCAACCUCCCUUCUCAGCGUGUAAACACAACACACGUGGAGAUGAGCAAUGUGCCCUCGGUAGCAUGGCAUGGUUCAUGCCUUGUUGGCAUACGGGCAUUGUUCAGGUCGCAAUGUGCCGUUCAAUCAUCAGCCAAUUCGAUUGCGAGACAUUUGCGACGAUGUUGGACACAGCAACAGCUCUCAUAUAGCUCAUUAGGAUAUCAACAAACAUGGAAAUCAACUCGACCUACAUCACAUACUGUUCCUCGCCUAUCAAACGCUUUAUCAAGGAUUAGAUUUGCAAGCUCCGCCGGCAAACAACAAAAAGAACAUGGAGUCCCCCUCGACUCGCAGCCGUUAUCCGCCGCCGAAAUCAAGGCAAUCUUCCGCUCAUCCACCGUCACACCUGAAAUGGGAAAUCGGAUAUUAUCCGUCAUACACGGUCGACGAUUAGCAGGCACUCUAGACCAGGAUCUUCCUUCGGACAUUACACGCGCAGUCCGCUCGAAGACAAUCGAGAAUGGCUUACGAUGGCUCCGCGCAAACCAUCCUCUAGACGAAGAUGCAGCUAUACUGGCCCGUAUCGAGCGAGAGGAGAAAGAAGAAGAAGAACGAUUGUUGCGCUAUGUGAAAGAGAUGGGUCCGCAAAGCGGGCAUUGGGGUGCACAAUUGGGUGAAGGGAAUGAUAUAUAUGGUCGAAGCACUUUCCAAGAAAAGAGGAAGGUGAAUGAGGCGAGAUUAUUGGCUGAGCAGGAGAAGAAGAGGAAGGAGUGGUUGGAAGGGGAGAUGAAGGAUCGGGAGAAGAUACAAAAGCAGUUGAAGGGGAAUACGGAGUUGCAAAAGUAUAAUCCUUCGGCGGUUGUAGAGGCUCGACCACGAGCUGACCCCCGGGAACGGCCGUUUCUCGCAUGGGCUCAGAAACAUUACAUUCGAGCCGAGAAUACAGAUACAGAUUUCACCUCCAUGACAACAGCCCGUCGCAUCCUACCAGCACUUGGCGUAACCCUCCUCGUCUUAGGACUAUGCUACUUCUACGCCGAGACCUACCAACCUCCAGCAUACGGAACACGAAUGUGGCGCGAUAUUCCCCCCGCAGCAGCAACAAUUCUAGGAAUCAUAGCCACGAAUGUAUCCGUAUGGAUGUUGUGGAAGAUACCUCCUGCAUGGCGAAUGCUGAAUCGGUACUUCAUCAGUGUGCCGUUGUAUCCUUAUGCUAUGAGUGUUGUGGGGAGUAUUUUUAGCCAUCAGCAGUUUAAGCAUUUGCUUACGAAUACUGUUAUUCUCUGGUUGAUCGGGUUGAGACUCCACGAUGAAAUUGGCCGCGGCAAUUUCCUCUCUUUAUACCUUUCCUCAGGUGUCAUUGGCUCAUUCGUCUCUUUGACAUCGCACGUCCUCCUGCAAAGGUUAACAGUAACCUCCCUCGGAGCCAGCGGUGCAAUCGCCGGUUUAGUCGCAGCUUGGUGUAUGCUACAUUCAGACGACAAACUUGUCCCAAGCUUCCUCCCCAACGAAUGGCGCAACUACCUAUCCGCCAACGGCUCCACCGUCCUCUUAGCAAUAGUCGCAUUCGAAAUCUUCAAUCUGGUCUCUCCAUUCAAAGUAGUCGGGAAACUGGACAAUUAUGCACAUCUAGGUGGUUAUUUUGCAGGUGCCGUGUGGGCGGCGUUGUAUAAAUCGAAAGGGGAACGGGAGAGGCAGCGGAAAAGGAAUGAACAGAGGGGGUUUUUGGAACGGUUUGGUUCUAUGUAGAUGAAAUUAUCUGAUAAUAAUAUGGGUGGUUUAUGUGAAAAUAUGUAUGUACUAUUAGUAUGAAAUCAAUAUACAAUCACUGGAUUAAGG